GUGAGCCUUGGUUGGAGUUUAGCUUAGGAUUUGUUCAUUCCACUACUCAUGGAUGGGAAAGGAUACAUGGGUAAGCCUAAAAUGGUUAAGUUGGUAUGAUUGGUCACAUUUAUUUCUUAAAAUAGGGACGAGAUUGUGUUUACUAUUUAUUAUUGUCGAAGAUCAGUUGAUUGAAUAAGUAAGCGCAAAAAGCUUGGAAGGAUAGUUUGGUCGCUCGAGGAGUAUAGAGAAAUUCAUAAAUGAGGGCAAAUUAAGAUUAAAUAACACUCAUUAUGAUAGUUUAGCCAUUGAACAUAAGGAUUUGGGUGAUAGGAUCAAAUCAUAAUCCACCCAUUCGAAUUUUCGAAUUCAUAGAGUCCAUCGAUUUGGACCGGAAAAAGAUUUUCAAAUAUACGUGUCCCAUGAAUCCGGUACCUCCAUCUCUUUCGUACAAACACUGAAUUUGGGACGAAUCCCUCUCCAAUAGGAUUUGAUAAGGUUAAGUCCCUAACCCAAACUCCACCAGCAAAUUACUCUUUCAGUUGUAAGAACCCAAUGGUGAAUAAAUGCUUGGAUUAAUAGCUUAAUUACAUAAUUCAUUCCUCGUAUUCUUCAUCAACGACCUGUAUCAUUUUAGCGUAGUUAAUUAAUUAAGCAUCUUUCGAGAGGAUCUGUAAAUAUCAUUUAUUUAUUUGUUGCAGCCGAAAGGAUCUGCUAAUAAUGAGGUCAUGAGAGCAAAGUGAACACAGAUUACUAUAAUCAUGUUUCCCCAUUUGUCCAACGCAUUAAUUAAAGAAGUCUAAUUAGUAAUUAGCCAAACAUCCACCCGCUUAACCGCCAGGCCGCAUAUAUUUGAUUCAUCCCAUUCCUCAUGUCGCCAUUCUCAUAUCAAAGACAAACCUUGGUAUAUUAUUCCCAAAUCCCAACUUAUUGGAGAACAAAUAUUAAAGCAAGAGUCAAACCGGCACACACAUGCAAAACAUCGCCUCUUCCUGUCAACGGUGGAAUCUACCCUUGUCUCAUUAGAUUCCCCUACGCCAUUCAAAUACACUACUUCCUUUCCCAAUAACGUAACCAUUCUCUCCCACGAUCCCAGAAACAGAAAGAAAAAGAAAAAAAACACAAAAGAAUGAGCAGCUCGAACCCACUUCCAUGGCUGAGCCUGGUGGCCGUGAUCUGGCUCCAGGCCGUGAUCGGAACCAACACCAACUUCGCCGCCUACUCCUCUCAGCUCAAGCAGUACCUCUCCCUCUCCCAGCUCCAGCUCAACUCCCUCGCCUUCGCCUCCGACGCCGGCAAGCUCUUCGGCUGGGUCUCCGGUGUAGCCGCGGCUCACAUCCCGCUCUGGCUCGUCCUCAUGAUCGGCUCCUCCCUCGGCUUCGUCAGCUACGGCUUGCAGUUCCUCUCCGUCGCCAACGCCACCACCGCCGCUUCCCCAUCCAAAACGACGUCGUUUCUCCGCUCCUACCCCGUCAUGUUCCUCCUCAACACCUUGGCCGGGAACAGCAUCUGUUGGGUCAACACCGUCUGCUAUAUCGUCGUCACCCGCAACUUUCCCCUUGACCAGCAGGUUGCUGUGGGGAUCACCACCAGCUACCAGGGUCUCACCAUGAAGAUCUACGCCGUGGUAGUCGACGAGCUCUUCGCCUCGUGGUCCUCGGCCGCCGACAGGUCGUACCUCCUCCUCGACGCCCUCUUCCCUCUCCUCGUCUCCGCGCUGUCGCUCGUCCUCAUGGCGAGCGACUUCUCGGCCUCCUCCUCUUCUCCUCCGCCCUCGGGGAAGGCCGGGAGUGGUGGCGAGGUGGUGCAACGGUGUCGUCGUAACGGGUUCCUGUUGUUGUUCGUUAUCACGACGGUGACCGGAGUGUACGCGGUGCUGAGCAGCGUGAGCGCCAGGCUGUGGAGCCUGUUCAGGUACAGCGGGAUGGUGUUCACGUUCGGGCUCCUGCUGGCACCGCUGGCGGUGCCAGCUACGGUUUACUUGAAAGGUAAGUUCGUGGCAUGGUUUCAGUCGUCGUCCGGUGGUUACGAUGUGGAUCUGGAGGAGGUGAAGAUGAACGGCGGCGGCGAGAGUGUUGUUGUGACGUCGAAGGUGGAGGGGAAAGGAGUCGAUCAUGAGGAAGGUGGAGGAGGUGGGCCGUUGUUGCUGGUGAAGGAGGAGGUUGGGGUGAAGGAGAUGGUGCAGAGGACGGAGUUCUGGCUGUACGUUUUCGUGUAUUUCUUGGGGCCGACGAUAGGGAUUGUGUAUCUUAAUAACUUGGGGCAGAUCGCCGAGUCGCGGAGGUGUUAUCAGACGUCGAGCUUGGUUUCGUUGUCGUCGUCGUUCACGUUCUUCGGCCGCCUGCUUCCCUCUUUGCUCGACUACUUCUUCUCCAGGAGCAAGUACCUGCCGCCGCGACCAGCCCUGCUCCUCCUCCUCACGGCGCCGAUCACCGCCGCCCUCUUCCUCCUCCUCAACUCAUCCCACGCGGCGCUCUACACGAGCACGGCCGUGAUCGGAAUCUGCACGGGGGCCAUCACCUCCAUCGCCGUCUCCAUCACGUCGGAGCUCUUCGGGUCCCGGAACUUCGCCGUCAACCACAACGUCGUCGUCGCCAACAUCCCCGUGGGAUCCUUCUGCUUCGGCUACCUCGCGGCGCAGGUGUACGAGAGCGAGACCCUCGCCGGCGAGUCCAAGUGCAUGGGGAUGAGCUGCUACCGCCGCACUUUCCUCGUGUGGGGCCAGCUGUCGUGCUUCGGCGUCGUGCUGGCGUUCCUGCUGUAUAAUCGGACCAGGGUGUUUUACGGCAAGAGGUUGAAGGCGCUCAACAGUUUUUUGAACCAUUGAUUUAUUAAUAAUAGAGCUGUGGAAUGAGAUUAUUAUUCAAUUCAAUAUUGUUUGGCUGGGAGAUGGCCGGAUAUGUAAACGUGUGAUAUAUGUGCUUAUAUAUCAAUCAUACGUUUGUAUAUAUGUGUCAAUGGUUAUGUUAACAUGUGUAUAAUUCUUUUGUCCUUGUAAUAAUACCAAAAUUUUAAAUUGUCAAGACUUGAAUAUAGUGAGAGCUACCUGAGAAUGAAUGAGGUAUAAAGCAUUAUCAACUACUCUCAUUUUUCAAAUUUGUUGUAACUUCUGGUAUUGUUAUUACUUUCGCUCUACCCCUGCGUUGUUCUUAACUAGUUCUAUGGGGUCGUUUGCUUCAAGGAUUUUAUAACGAGGGUUUUGUCAUGGAUUUGCUAAUUAAAAACCUUGGGAUUUGUUAGGGAUUUUGGGCAUUUUGGAUUUGAGGAAAUCCUUUGUUUGUUGAGCUAUUUUUAUCAUGGAUUUGAUGAGGUGGGCAUGGUUUUUCAACUUGUCUCCAAAUCCCAGGGUAUGAGGUGAGAUUUAUAAAACCGUGGGGCCCAUGGAUUUGGAGCUAAAAAAAACUCAAAUCCGUGGGGCCCACAGAUUUAUCUAAACAUUUUUUGACAAAGCAAACAACGGAUUGUGUGUAAAUCCAUGAUGGUUGGUUUUUUGGUACCAAAUCCAUGAUGCAAAUUCUUGAAGCAAACGACAUAUUGAUUUGUGUCGAUAUCUGUUUUUUUCCCCUCCUAUUUUACUUAUCUUGACUCAUAUUUUUAUGCAUGGAUACUUUAAAUAAGAGUGAUAUAGUCAUAGAUUUGUUUUUUUAUGAUUAGGUACUAUUUUAAAGAUUUGAACAUGUGAGCUACAGGCUCAAAACUAGUGGGAUUACCACUAUAACAAGCCCCUUGUUAGUUAAAUAAGUGCAAUAUCUCAUCUUUCAACUAAUUGGACUCAAUUAACCUACCUAUUUUCUCUGUUUUUCAUUAAUGAAGCAUUUUUCAUUUGUUUUAUCGUUGAAAAUAAACUUUUUCUUCAAGUAAUAUUUAUGAAUGGAUUGGCUUGUCCUGACCGGUACGUAUCCUCGUAUUAUAUAUGAAACGUGUUUGGUGCGAAACGAGUAUGGAUAUUGAGGUACCCGUCCAACCCAGCUCCCUCUUCAUUGCCAUUAGUGAUGGCAAUGGGGCGGGGCGGGUACCUCAAUUCCCAUGCCCCGCCCCACGCUACUACGAGGCGGGGCGGGUAAAACCCGCGCGAGUACGGGGCGGGGCGGGUCGACCCACUCUUACAUGUUAUUCGAAAAAAAUACAAGUAAAUUUUACUUUUUACAAUAAAACGAAGGGUAAAACAAUUUAAGAAUGAAAAAUAGUGAUAAUAGAAUGGGUAAUUGAGUCUAAAAAGUUGAAAGAGCGACUCUAACUAGUUGAAGAAAAGUUAAAAUAGAAGAAAUAUGUAUAGAAAUUGUAAGAAAUUGAGAUAAAAUGAGUCAAGAACGGGGCGGGGCAGGGCGGGUCGGAAGUUGAUACCCAUGCCCCGCCCCACGCUACUGCGGGUCGGGUAAUACCCGCCCCAUCGCGGGUCAGGACGGGUAAUACCCGCGGGGCGGGUAGAAAUUGCCAUCACUACAUAACCCGACUCCACCACAAACCAAAAAAAUAUCUCAUCUCACG